AUGGGCAACAGCAUGACGGCCGCCAGAGAGCAGAAGAUAUGGAUGGAAGAGAUUCCCUUCUGGACCGAUAUCUACCGAAAGUUGCAGCGUGGCGACAAGGCCUACGCAGUGGAACUGAGGGCGUUCCUCACGCCGAUGGCCAAGUGCCCUGCGAGCGUCAUUGAAGAGCUUAGCGAGCUCGUGGACCAAGACGAAAAAAGCUGGCUCACGCUGGAGCAGUUCCUCCUCAUCACAACCUCUGGUCGUCCCUCGACCGUAAGGCAGAAGCGAUUCCACAGGGUCGUCACGGCAGCCGCCAACGUCUACGCUGGGAAUCUGCAGCGAGCGAGGGCGGUGCGUUGCGCCAUGGUCGACUAUCCGCUCUUCGUGCUUCAGGUUCUCUUCUUCGUCCUCAUCACAAUGACGCAGAUCGCCACGUACGUCCUUUACCUCUACCGAUGCUGUCCGACAAGCACCAAGGAAAUCGAAGACUACAUGCGCUUCGAAGACAAGCUCGUCCUCGUGAUGGAGCGUAAGCGCGAGUUCUGGCGCAACUUGUCGUUCGUUCUCGUCAGCUUCAACGGCCUUUCACUGGCGGCCAGCGUGGUCAUCCAGGUGCUGGUCUGCCUACCAAUCAGCUUCUUGCACAGCCCCUGGAAGAUACCGUUCAUCUACUCCGCAGGAGCUUUCACCGCUGCUCAAAUCACUUAUGUCUGCCGCUAUGGCUUCACUGUGGGUGCCUCAGCAGCCAUUUAUGCCGUACUUUGGGCGCACGUGGUCGACGUCUUGGUUAACCACUCCCAAUUCGGCAGCGUGGUCGGACGCGUAAUCGUGGUUUUAAUCUACACCGUUGCCGACGCGGCUCAGGCGUACUACCUGAAUCACAUUCCGAGUGUGGGCACUCUUCCUCACCUUGUCGGUGUGGCGAUCGGCUGCACGAUGGGCGUUGUGAUCCUGCGCAAGAAUCGCGGUCAGAAAUGGGAAGAGUGGGUUUACCGCGUCUUGAAAGUCCUUCACUGGGCAGUGGUAUUGUUUGCACUCGAACAGGCUGCCAUGGGAUUGACAUAUUAA